CAUAAAAGAGUCUGACUCGCACCCUUCUAUUCAAGUUUAUUUUUCAUUUUGCAGGCGCGCAAGGUCUGACUUGCUUGGCAUUUGAUAGAAACACCUGACGGGCCUUUUUUUUGCUUCUGCUGCCUCCGAUGGCCAACGCGGGAGGCGCGGUGGUUAGAUGGAUUCUGCAGCUCCACCGGGACGUGCCCAGGGCGGCGAGGUUCUACUCGGAGGGCCUCGAUUUCAGCGUCGAUGUCUGCACCCUCCGAUGGGCCGAGCUCCACUCGGGCCCCUUCAGGCUAGCGCUCAUGCACUCACCUAGCAAUGCAGACAUGAGUAAGGGAUACUCUUCCAUGCUAUCCUUCACAGUAGCAGACCUAAACAACACGGUCACCAAACUAAUGGCACUGGGCGCGGAGCUUGAUGGUCCUAUAAAGCAUGAAAUCCACGGGAAGGUAGCUGCCUUGCGAGGCCUUGAUGGGCAUGCGUUGAGUCUCUAUGAACCUGCUUGAAGAUAUAAAGUGAUCUUCGAUACUCGAGCAUGAGACUUUUUUUUUUGUUCCUCUGCUUGUAUGUGUGGGUAUGGAACAUCGAAUUUAUCGUUUAGCAAAAUAAACAAAAUUCUUGAUAAAUAAUGUAUUUAAAUGUUUCUUGAAUGCGCCUUUUCUGCCUUGUAGAAAAGGAGCAUGCUGCCCCAUCCUCCUCCUCGCAACAAGCAGGUCCAUCAGCUUGCUCAAGGCGCAUUCUUUGUCGUAGUUAACCCCGAAACAGCUUGUUCAAGUUCUAGGAUGACAUUCAGAAUCUUGGGGAACUCAUGAUAUUAUAUCGGAUUACAAUAUGCUUAUCGAACAAAUCUUUCGCUUGCGAA